UUUCUAACAGAUGUAGUGUAUUUUUGUUUCAGGUCAAGAUAGGUAAGAACAUUGCCUCCAUAGUUCCACUUCAAAUAAACCAAAAGAAUGGUAAAAGAGCAAAAAAGGUAUUAACCUUAUAAAAUUCAAAAUUACUGUAUUUGAAUAACCUAGAAAUCCCAAACUAUGCCUGAGAAACUGAAUGGUAAGUUUGUUGAUGGGACUUCUUUUUUUAGAGGGGCUUUACCUAAUAUUUGCAUUAGUAUCUUUAAAAUCAGAGCAAACUGCUAAUCUGAAAUGUCUUGUGGGCUUCAGAAUAAAACGUCCAGUUACUUGAUUUUCAUCUCUAGAAAUAAAUUCACAAAGUAGGGUAGAUUGGGGCUCUCUUUUGCUUUUUGCUUGAGGUGAAAAAAAUGCUGCUCUGGAAGGUUGGAAAAUUGUGGAUAAAAGUGGCAUUGAAUAAAAUAAUUUAACUGGUAGCUGUUUUUUUUAGUAAGACAUCUUGAAGAGGAACAGCAGGGUUUGGGGAAAAUUAAACACCUCUGUGAAAGUCCAUGGGUCCGUUUUGUUGUUGUUGUUUUAAUGCUGAGCCAUGGGUAGUCUUCUGGGUAGCAUCACUAACUUCUGCUUUUCCAAGGUUUGUCAAGGGAGCUAUUACCUUUUUGCAGAGUCGGGACAAAAAUGGCCUGUCAGCAGAAAAAUUGCUAUGGGCAAAAGCAUUCAUAACCUAAUGGCUGAAAUCUAGCUCAGGAUUCUGAGGAAAUCUCUCCUUAAAAGAGAGCUGACAUUUAAAUCAUGAUACAGAACUGAGUAAAAGCCUCUGCUUUAUGUGACUUUAAAUGGCCAAAUAGUGUUGUUAGAUUUGUGUUAGGGUUUAUAUCACUAGGCAGAACAGAAAUAGGUAAAGGCAGAUGGAUCACCACAUGACUAUAUUUAGUCCCGGGGUGAAUGAUAGAGUCUGCUCUUCUGUUAGAUAUUUUUUAUUUUUCUGUUUUAAGGGCAUUGACUCUUAUUAUGAAAGGAUUAAAGCCUGAGUAAACUUGAAUGAAAGGAUGAAAUGAGAGAAAAUAAGGCUAAACAAGAUAGUUACUGAAGGAAAAUUAGGCAGAAGGGGAUUGCAAGAGGAGUUAGAAAAAUCCUCUCUGAAGACCAGAACUCUCUGGCUCACUCCUCUAAUGAGACCCUCAGCCUCUUUCUUCAUAUGGCAACACCAUGCUAGUUUCCAGAUUUCUUAGUUCCCUCUGCCUUGCCUCUGUGAUCAUCUGUCAGUAUUGUGCUUUUAGGCAAAUAGAAACUUUUGUGACUGAGUGAUGCAGGGAAAAGGUGCUGUUAUAAAUUGCCUUGGUACGGAGCGCUUGAAUUGCUUGAAAUUUUGACAGUCUGUCAGUAUGAUUUUAUUCUUUCAGUUUGGGAUUUGAAAGCUUAAUAGUAAUUCGUAAUUUUCGUUCAAAGAAAAGUACAGAGAAAUGUUUUAAUUGUGUUGAAGUUAUCAGAGUUGACUGAAAACAAAAGGUAUGUUCCUUGCUCUACCUUACAUGGAAGAUCCUGGUGUCUUGUCAAGCUGGGAACUAACCUUAAUGGUAACACUACUUGACGUAAAUUUAUUGGAGGGACACUGUAAGUAUCCUAGCCUCUACUGAAAACUAGAAUGCUUUUGACAGUUGACAAUUCUGUGAUGUGCUGGUAUUCUACUGUGCUUCUGGAAAACCCCCCCCAGUACCCUUUAAAUCGAAAUAUUUUGAAGUUUCUUUGUGGGACUAACAUAAACACUGUAAUGAUGAUGUUGUCUAGUUGGUUUGAUGUUCAUAGUGGGAAAUAAGGGAAAAAUCCUAUUGUUCUUUUUUAUGAAAUCUUUUGUCUUGAGGGAGUAACUUCUGGCUCUGACGAUAAAAGCUGUUUGUUGCAAAUAAGGGAUUUAUGAAGGAGGUUUAGCAAGGACUAAAAUAAUGAAAUUGAUGCUCUUGAAUCCGUUCACCCAUCAUAUCUUCUGUUGCUCUCUGUGGGAGAUCUGUUGCAGUGUAAGAAGGAUGCACUGAUGUCAGUGACUGUAAAGCUCAUCAGGAUGCUUUCAUGUGGUGUUAAGUGACCUUAAAGACUGUAAUUCUCUAAAUGUGUUUUUAUUGAAGAACAGCUCAUUUUAAAAGCAGGAAUUGCUACAAAAAGCCCAUAAAAAGAUAUGGUUAUUUAAUCCUUCUUAUUUGUAGAAAUGUCUUGAUCUCUUAUCGUGUUAAAAUUCCAAGGGCUUCAGUAGGUUAGCCUUCUAGACUGGUACAAGGAUUUCAUUCUUGUUUGUGGAACAUGCAGUAUCUGACAGAAACUGCUUUUCCUGCAGUGUUCAUAGUAGAAAAGACCCUAUCACUGGUGUAAAGAACAUGUGUUUUUAGUGCAAAAGCACUGGUAUAACACACUGCAGUGUUAGAACCUUUUCACAAAUAUAGAAAAAGUGAACUUGUUUCCGUUCUCAAUUCUGCUGUUGUGGGUUUUAGUAUUAUAGGCCAGAUGUACAGGACCAUUGUGUGUUGUAGUCUGUGUUACGUAGAUAAGCAGGCUAAUUGAUUUUUUUUCUAAAUUAUCAGAAAGUUUUUGUUUAGUGCAUUCUUCAUCUCUUGUAACUUUUCUCAUUAGUUAAUUGCUUCCUUGAAAAUAUGUAAUCUUAUGGUAGAGGUUAUUUAGUUUUAACUUUCAGCUGAUUAACACAUUUAACUUUAAAUGGUAUAUUUGAAGCAUCCAGAAUAAGUGUGGUUUGUGUUUGGAGAUUGCCAUGUAAUUAUUUUUUCUUUUAAGCCUGUACCUUGAUGUAGUCUCUUUUUGCAUUGAUACCAGAGUCUUCUGCUCUUUUUUCUCAUUAACAGCACUGAAAAACACAUUAGAUAACGUCUGUAACAGUGGGAGGUAUGUCUAGUGAGUUUGCUAGAUUGAUACUGUAAUUUAACUGAAAACAGGAAUAUGUCCUUAUAUGAACGACAGCUGGCAGUGAAAAAAAAAAAAAUCUGUCUUGUCUGUGAAUGUAAUCUUAAACAUUUUUCAAAGUAGUAGAUGCUGGUGAGUGCUGGUACAUUUGUUUUGGUGGUAUCCUUUCUACAGUGUUUACUCUGCUUGUGUGAGAGCUAAACUUAGACCGAGACAUAGAAACCUAGUACAGCACCUUGUUUAUUGAGACAAAUUCCCUGGUACCCUGGUGUUCAGUUUCUGUCCUCUUGCAGUACAGGCUGUGUGGCUAAGGCCAGUGUCCAGCCCCAAGGUGAAGAGCUCAUCAGCUGGAAAAUGGAAUGGAACAAGGAGCUGUCUGAUUGCUUCCUUGCAGGAUGACUCAAGUUAGAACUUUCUGUGAUGUGACCUUACCAUGUAUUGAAAGAAGUGCGUGUAAAAAAGAGAAUACAUCAGUGUCAUUGUACAGGGCACUGGUGAGACAUUGUCUACAACAUGAGGUAUCAUAACACUGAUAGGCUAUCAUAGAUGUGGGAGAUGGCUGCAGGGAUGACGUAGGGCUUGUUGUGUAGGAAGAAAUUAAAAGCGCUUAUGUUUUGCUUGGUAAAACAGGCCUGGUAAAACAGAAGAAGGCCUGUUUAACCAAGCAAAUAUAAUGUUCUUGAAGGUUGUUUCUCCUGCACCAAGUGUUCUUAAUUUUACAUCCAUUUGGAGCCUGAAAUUAAAUUAGAUCCAUGUUAUACUUGUUAAAAGCAAAACAAAGACCUUGGCACCUGUAGUUGGCACCACAGCUGUUUAUAGUAAGCCAGCAGUACGUCUCCUAUUCCCACUCCCCUGCAUUAAUGGAUGAAGAACAAAGGGAAGAUUUUCUUGACAAGCAUGUCUUGAUAAAUUAAUGGAGUGUUUCUGCUGGCCUGAGGGAGCAUCUGGGCGACUCUCCUGCAUAUAGAACAACUAUCAGGCAGCCGAUCAUUGACAGGUUAUGUGCAGAAGAGCACUGGCAGUCCAGUGCUGCCUUUAAAGUCUUUCAGCGCAACUCAAUUUUCUUCGUGGAGUUAGCUGCCAUUCUGGUCCUGUGUGCAGCAUAUGUGUAUCAUCUUUUGGAGCAAGGCCAGUAGCAAUCUUCAGUGGCUUUAUGGUGGCUGGUGGCCUCAUGAUGAGCAGUUUUGCACCUAACAUAUACUUUCUCUAUCUUUCAUAUGGGAUUGUUGUUGGGCUUGGAUGUGGCCUUUUGUAUACUGCAACGGUUACCAUCACUUGCCAGUAUUUUGACAAACGCAGAGGCCUUGCACUCGGUCUGAUUUCAACAGGCUCAAGUGUUGGACUCUUUAUAUAUGCAGCAUUGCAAAGAGAGCUUAUUGAGCUGUAUGGACUGGAUGGUUGCCUGCUAAUAGUUGGUGCACUGUCUUUGAAUAUAUUAGCAUGUGGCAGCCUAAUGAGACCAUUGGAGUCAUCUGAUCCCCCUUCACCAGAAAAAACAUGUAUAGACAAAGUUCCAGAUCAAUACUUUGUUUACCAUGAAAAAGAAAAGACUGUUGAAGAAAAUAUAAGCAUCCUUGAAAAGGGCUACAUUGAUGAGAAAUGCACAAACAAUGUGCCUGACUACAAACAAGAUAACAUUUUAAAUAAGAAUGUAUUAAGCUCAAUAAAUGUAAAUGAGAAAGACACUUAUAAAAAGAAAGUUGUGGAACAGACAAACUUCUGCAAGCAACUAGCCAAAAGAAAAUGGCACCUCUAUUUGAACUACUGGGAGGAAACUGUGGUUCUUUUUAAGAACAGAGUAUUUUCAGCUCUCUUUUUUGCCAUCUUGCUCUUUGAUAUUGGUGGAUUUCCUCCUUCUCUGCUCAUGGAAGAUAUAGCAAGAAGUGCAAGCAUCAAUGAAGAAGACUAUCACGUGCCCCUUGUUUCCAUUAUAGGCAUUAUGACUGCUAUUGGCAAACUUGUUUUAGGAAUACUGGCAGAUUUUAAAUGGAUUAACACAUUAUAUCUGUAUGUACUUACCUUACUAAUGAUGGGAGCAGCCUUGUUUGCAAUUCCAUUUGCCAGAAGUUACUUUACAUUAGCAAUGCUUUCUGGGAUUCUGGGUUUUUUGACUGGAAACUGGUCAAUUUUUCCAUAUGUAACAACAAAGACUGUGGGAAUCGAGAAACUGACUCAUGCUUAUGGGAUAUUGAUGUUCUUUGCUGGACUUGGAAAUAGCCUCGGACCACCAAUUGUAGGUUGGUUUUAUGACUGGACGCAGGAGUAUGACACUGCAUUCUAUUUCAGUGGCUUUUGUGUUUUGCUGGGAGGAUUUCUUCUGCUGUUGGCAGCAUUACCCUGCUGGAAUGCCUGCACCAAUCAGAGCUCAAAGCUGCCUCCAAAUACUUACUCCUACAAAGUUGCAUCUAGUGCUUAGGUGACAACUGGAAAACAUUACUUUAUGCCUUUUUUAUAUAUUAUGUAGCAAAAGAUUUUUAGUAAUUUCCACUUAUUUAUGAAGUCAAAAAAUCUUUAUCCACUAGAAAAAUUCUAUUGCUGGUUCAUGUUCAGUUUUUUCUUUUUUUUCCUGUUUAUCCUUUUUUUUCUCUUUUUUUAAAGGACGGUCUUAUUUUGUCUAUUGUGCACUGUGUUUUCAGCCUUUUUCUACUGUAAUUUCCUUUCAGCCUGUAAUGGAUAUAUUGUGCUGUAUUAUUGGCUGUACUUUUUUUUUUUUUUAAAGGGGUAGGGAGUGUGGAGGGGUAAAGACAUUGAAGCAAAAAUGAAAGCCUACUUCUUACUGGAGAAAACUGGCAUUUCUGUCACCUUUUAUAGGUCUCCAAUUUGCACAAUCAGACUUUAUGAAACAAAAAUUUGCCUUAUAAGAACAUUAUGCUAUGGCAAGGUGCUUGUAACAUCAUGUUUAGAUGAACUUUCUGACUUUUUAAAAUUUCUCCAAUUUACAAUGAAGUGCCAAUGAGGGAGGGAGAACAAAACCAUCCUUCUGUUGCAUUAAUGAACUUUAAGAUGAAAGUAAAAAUUCUUAUUACCACUGCGACUGAGGACUAUGUUUAUAAAUACUGCACUUUUUGUGAAGUCUGUUUAUAAUAUUGUUGAACCAAAAUCUUUUAAACCAAGGAAUAAACAUGAGUUUUGAAACCGUGUAAAUAAAUGCUGACUUGGUUAUGCAA